AUGGGCCUCGUCUCGUUGAUGACGCCAGCCCAGGGCGAGGCAUGCACAAGAGCGCCACGACGUUCAGCUCUGGAUAUCGACCUACACACAAACUGCAUCUCUUUGCGUUCCGAAUUGUCUGGCCAUCAGGAGGCGGAGGUGCUUUCAGUGGUAGAAGAAGCGAUCGGAGCUCUCAAUGUAGGCUCCCCAACCUCGGUGGCCUUGGAUCGUAUCGGCAGUCUACUUCUCGUGCCUACCUGCACCCUGUCCGUCGCCUCUCAAUUCAAGCCGGUCCUGCUGGAUCUGUUUGUUCGAGCCUUGCACCAAUCUCAUGGCAGCAAUAGACCCAAUCUGGAAGCCCUGGUAAAGAUUCUACACGCAUUUGCUCUGCUUAUUGAUGUCUUUCCGCCAGAGAUUUACGAGCUCUUGACCGCAUUUGUCAGCAGUCCAGCCUUCCUCACACUGCCUUCGAUGGUUUCAACAGCAUCAACUGAAGUGCGCAAUCAGGUGCUUUUGGAUCUUUACAGACUGGUUGCAGCUGCACCGAACGCGCUCUCUGGUCAAGUCGGACAUUUCUACACCCAAUGGGCCCAUCGCAUUGUUCUCGCUACGGACACAUCAGAUCUGCUUGCAACGCGCUUGCUCGCUCUUCACUUCUUCACCAUGCAGCAGCGCAUCAGUGAGAAAGGACGACUCGAACUUCAGCAAAGGUGCCUUGAUUCGAUCGGCGUUGGCUCUUGCAUCCCAAACAAUAUCGAUGCCGUAGCAUCACUUGCUUUCGAGUCACUUGGUAUCAACCUGUGGACGCUCGAAACCGAAGAAUUCGUACGCAAACAACGCAACCGAUCCUCAUUUUCAAGCCGCAAGGUGGCCUUUAUGCCAUCAUUCCCCUAUGAUCCGCAUGUCCCCGUCGCAACUGCGACGGACAACAAACGGAUUGCGCUCUCUCCCGACGACCUGUCACCUCAGGUCUGUUGCCUCGGCGGUGUCCUACUCACGCGCUCUCGUCGCUACACUGCUGUUAAUAACGCCAUCCCCGUCAAUGACCGAUUCAUCGAGACCACGGGUAUCUCCCCUUCGCUCUCGGAACUCGCCGUCCGCCUGAGUCUCAACUAUCCGGUCCUCCUAUCUGGUCCCCCCUCGAGCGGCAAGUCGAGCUUGAUACGACACCUCUCUCAGGUGCUCAAAGGCCCUGAGUCAGCCUCGACGCCAAGCCAUCUCCUCACUAUUCAACUCGGUGAUCAGUCUGGUAUCGACGCCAAGCAGCUCCUUGGCUCGUUUGUUUCGAGUCCCACGGAGCCAGGCAAGUUUGAGUGGACCGAAGGCGCCCUUACGCGAGCUCUGCGCCAAGGUAAAUGGAUCGUCCUCGAGGACAUUGAUAAGGCAGGCUCUGAGGUUCUCAGCAUCGUAGCGCAGAUCGUAGAGCAGCUUGGCCCCACCAAAGCUCUUGGAUCACGCAUCUCCAUCGAUCUCGGCAGUCGCGGCAAGGUCCCUGCAGGUGAUGGUUUUGCCUUUUUCGCUACAAGAUGCAUCGCCUUUUCGUCUAGAAACACAGCUUCACCUUCCAGUGCCGCUUUCCUUGGCAGCUCGCACUGGUCCGAAGUCUUCAUCACCUCACCCAGUCCAGACGACGUGAACAGCAUCCUCAGAGGCAAAUUUCCUCAUCUCACCUGCCAGCAAAGUUCUUUCGUAGAUCGCUUGGUCACCACGUGGUACAAGCUUCAACAUGCAACACAGCCCUCGACCACUUCUUCGCAGGCGACCGCCAAGGGUGUAGGCUCCAGUUCCGGUAGCGUACGCACCGCUACCUUGCGCGAUCUCGUCAAGUGGUGUCGUCGCGUCGAACAUCUCUUGUCUGGCGAGCAUACUACGCUCUCGGAUCCCCUCAGCAAUCCGGUUCAGCAAGAGGAGAUCUUCAUCGAAGCUUGUGACAUUUUCCUUGGUUCUGUGCCUCCAGCUCAAGAUGUGCUUGCAACUCCAUCGCAAUUGUUGAAAGCAGCUAACGGUAAGAUUUCGGAUCGCUACGGUUCGCUUGUCGAAAUGCUUGCAGAAGAGCUUGGCUUGACCAGCGAGCGCGCGUGGUGGGCGCUAAAGCAGCGCAUCCCAGAGCUCUCUGUGAAGGCAGACGAAUCUUCAUCCAGCCUCAACCUGAUGGGUCAGACAGUCGACUCAGCCCCCAGUCUUAUCCGUGUCGGUCGCUGCGAAUUACAGCGUCGAUCUAAGGCUACCGCGAAGAGAGCCGCUCCAGUCUCCAGAAAGUUCGCCAUGACGAAACCUUCCCUGCUAUUGCUCGAAAAGCUGGCAGUAGCCACCGCUCUGGCCGAACCCGUUCUCCUCGUCGGAGAGACGGGUACAGGCAAGACCACCGUCGUCCAACAUCUCGCAUCGCUCCUUGGGCAACCUAUGGUAGCGCUCAACCUCAGUCAACAGACCGAGAGCGGCGAUCUGCUCGGAUCUUUCAAGCCGCUUGACCCCAAAAUUCCUGCCACCGAGCUUCAUGAUGAGUGGAGCUCCCUUUUCGCUCGCACCUUUUCGGCUCGUCGGAAUGCUCGCUUUGUCGACGCUGAGCGCAAAGCCUUCGUUGCGGGCAAAUGGUCACGCUUGGCUCUCCUUUGGCGCGAAUCAGCCAAGAUGGCGUCGCAACGAAAACGAGUCACGAACGGGACCUAUGCCCGGGACACGCCCAACGGAGACGUUACGACCGCGGAUGCGGAAGGCCGUCCAGGAUCUGGUUCCAGGAAGAAGCGCAAGACCGAUCGAGGCGCUGCUGAAGGCUCGCCUGCCGACAUUGACGAUGCAAGAGCCGAGGCGGAGCUCGAUCGCGAAUGGGUCGAGCUUGACGCAAAAGCGAGGGACUUUGGCGUUCAGCACGGUAGCAACAAGAAGAACCUCGUCUUUUCUUUCGUCGAGGGUCCUUUGGUCAAAGCGCUUCGUAACGGCGACUGGAUCUUGCUCGACGAGAUCAAUUUGGCCGCCGCCGAGACUCUCGACAGCCUCAAUGGCCUCCUCCAGUCUCCCACCUCCAGCAUCACCCUCACAGAUCGCGGUGAUCUCGAACCCAUCCCGAGACAUCCCAACUUCCGUCUGUUUGCGUGCAUGAACCCCGCCACUGACGUGGGCAAGAAGGACUUGCCUGCGAGUCUGCGAUCGCGCUUCACCGAGCUCUACGUACCGAGCCCAGAUGCUGACCGUGAUGCGCUCACUGCUAUAGUGGAAAAGUACAUUGGCGAGCACACCCUUGGCGAUCGAGGCGCAAUCAUGGACGUCGCCGAAUGCUACGCCGAGAUUCGCCAAUUGGCCCAGCAGCACCAGUUGGCCGACGGCGCCAACCAGCGACCGCACUUUUCCAUCCGAACGCUAUCACGGGCUUUGACUUUCGCCACUGACAUUGCACCUCAAUAUGGUCUCCGACGCAGUCUUUGGGAAGGCUUCAUCAUGGCAUUCACACUUCUCCUGGACGACGCCAGUGCCAGGACAGUGCGUGCCAUCGUUGAGCGCUACACCCUUAGCAAGGCCAAGAACGCUCGUGCAAUUGCGACUUUUGUGCCGCCAGCACCCAAGGGUGCCUCAGAAGGCGAAUUCGUUCAAGUUGGGCCCUUCUGGCUUGCCACUGGUCCCGCACCACUUGAUGUUGCCGAAGACUACAUCUUGACGCCCUCGGUCCAGAGCAAGCUUGUAGGCCUCUCUCGAGCCGCAUUGACCCGUCGAUCUCCUGUUCUUAUCCAGGGUCCUACCUCUGCAGGUAAAACGAGUGCGGUCGAGUAUCUGGCACGUCGCACUGGUCAUCGAUUCGUCCGCAUCAACAACCACGAACAUACGGACAUCCAAGAAUACAUUGGUUCUUACGCUUCGGACCCCGAUUCGGGCAAACUCAGCUUUCAGGAGGGCCUGCUCGUCAAGGCCUUACGCAGAGGAGACUGGAUCGUCUUGGAUGAGCUCAACCUGGCACCUACCGAUGUACUUGAGGCGCUCAACCGUCUGCUCGAUGAUAACCGAGAGCUGGUUAUUCCCGAAACAGGCGAAGUCAUCAGACCGCACCCUCAUUUCAUGCUCUUUGCCACCCAGAACCCUCCGGGUCUUUACGCUGGACGAAAAGUUUUGAGUCGAGCCUUCCGCAACCGGUUUCUCGAGCUGCACUUUGACGACGUUCCUCGUGUAGAGCUUGAGACCAUCUUGACGAACAGAUGCAAGAUCGCUCCGUCCUACUCCUCUCGCAUCGUCGGUGUCUUUGAAGAGCUGCAGAAGCGUCGACAGGCCGGCCGUGUCUUUGAGACAAAGCAAGCCUUUGUGACGCUGCGAGACCUUUUCCGCUGGGGAAAUCGCGAGGCUAUUGGCUAUCAGCAGCUGGCAGAGAAUGGCUACAUGCUCAUUGCCGAGCGAGCACGUCGCACGGAUGACAAGAACAUCAUCAAGGAGGUCAUCGAAAAGAUCAUGCGCGUCAAGCUCGAUGUCGAUCGCAUGUAUCUGCUCGAGGGUCAUGAGAGCGCGGCGACUUUGGCUCGCAUUGGCAAAGGACUUGGCAGUUCUAUUCUCAGCACGCUGUCUAGUACCAGCAUUGUAAAGACAUCUGCAUUCCAGCGAUUGCUUUGCCUUGUCGCCACGUCUUUGCGAUACAACGAGCCGGUCCUCCUCGUCGGCGAAACGGGUGCGGGCAAGACGUCAGUUUGCGAGGUGCUUGCCACUGCUUUUAACCGCGAGCUACACUGCGUCAAUUGUCACCAAAACACCGACACUGCUGAUCUGCUGGGUGGACAGCGUCCUCUCCGUAACCGAGCCGCUCAGCAAACUUUGGCGAAGGCUGCCUGUAUCGAUGCUCUCAAUUCUCUGGAGAUCUUGCACGACUUGCACGAAGAGAGUAAGCUUGAAGAUGUCUCCUCGUUCAUCGAGGCGGUCUUGUCCAGAGAGCCCCAACAGCUCGCAUCGCUCGACGAGUUGCAGAAAGACGCAGCGCGACAGACGCUACAAACUGCUCUGCGCUCCGUAUAUCAAGCCUCUGCAUUGUUUGAAUGGCAAGACGGUCCCCUGGUACAGGCAAUGCGAGCUGGCGAUCACAUUCUGCUCGAUGAGAUCUCGUUGGCCGACGACAGUGUCUUGGAGCGUCUGAACAGUGUGUUGGAGCCUGCAAGGACACUGGUCUUGGCAGAGAGAGCCACUUCAUCCAGUCAACUCAAUUCAGAAGCCGACAUCUCAACAUCGCAGAUCAUUGCUGCGGAUGGAUUCCAGGUCCUCGCCACCAUGAAUCCUGGUGGUGAUUACGGUAAGAAGGAGCUGUCACCCGCGCUUCGCAAUCGUUUCACCGAGAUCUGGGUACCUCAUGUCGAUAUUCGCAACGAUCUGAUCCAGAUCAUCAGCGCGCAGUGGAAAGAUGCUAGACUGUUAGGAUGGACGGAGCCAAUCAUCGACUUCUCUGAUUGGUUCGUCCAUCAGAUUGGUGGACGUGAUCAGUCUGGACUGGGUCUGCGAGAUCUGCUGGUCUGGGCAUCGUUCAUGAACGAACUUUCCGUCAAAACUUCCCUCGAUCCAGCCUUGGCAUUCGCUCAUGGUGCCUCUCUGACCAUAAUCGAUGGCUUGGGCGCCCUACCUGCUACGGCCGCCAUGACCGCUGCCGGCUUGGCUCAGCUUCGAGGCCGCUGCCUUUCCAAGGUCGCCGAGAUGAUCGCGCCACACGAGUACAAUCCCGAGCUUUCGAGCCUGUUUGAAGUGGAUGUCUCCGAUGAGCAAUUACGCAUCGGUCCCUUCACCAUUCCGCGUGGAAGCAGCCGGCUGGCCUCACAAGGCUCAGGCUCGUUUAGCUUUGGUGCAAAGACGUCCGCGUCCAACGCCAUGCGUGUUCUUCGAGCACUGUCUGUGCCUGGCAAGUCGGUGUUGCUUGAAGGCAGUCCAGGAGCUGGCAAAACCAGUCUUAUCACCGCUCUGGCAGUUGCGGCCGCUCGACCGCUCACCCGUAUCAAUCUAUCCGACCAGACCGAGCUUGUGGAUCUCUUUGGUUCAGACAUGCCUUUAGAAGGUGGUGGUCCGGGCGAAUUUGCCUGGCGCGAUGCCGCUUUCCUCACCGCAAUGCAGCAAGGCGAAUGGGUGCUGCUCGAUGAGAUGAACCUCGCCUCCCAAGCCGUUCUGGAAGGUCUCAACUCGUGUCUCGACCAUCGUGGAACUGUCUAUGUGCCCGAGCUGGGACGCUCUUUCACCAAGCAUCCUGACUUCCGCAUCUUUGCCGCUCAAAACCCUCAUCACCAGGGCGGUGGCAGAAAGGGUCUUCCAAAGUCGUUCCUCAAUAGAUUCAUCAAGGUGCACAUCGAAGAGCUCACGGACGAAGACAUUCUCGCCAUCAGCUCGCAUCUUUAUCCAAAUUUUGAUGCGGGACAGCUUCAAAAGAUGAUCCAGUUCAACUUCGCGCUCCAUCACGAAGUGGUUGUCAAGCAUUCCUUUGGUAGGAUUGGAGCACCUUGGGAAUUUAACCUGCGAGAUCUCAUGCGCUGGCUCGAUCUGCUACAUUCCGAUCUGGGGCUCAACAUGAUUGGAGACCCGAUCGAGCACCUCGCUUCCCUCUACCUUCAGCGCUUCCGCACGAGCUCCGAUCGCCAAGCAGCACGCGAACUCUUCCGCAAGUCAUUUGGCGGUCACUCCGCACAAAAUUCGCGCAUCUUGUCUACAGUGACCGCUGGGCAUUUGCGAAUUGGUCAUGCUGUUAUGCCGCGCAAGCCUGCAUUGACUGCUACAAGACACCGUCUCGUGCUCUUGCAGAGCCAGCUACCCGUGCUCGAGGCUCUGAUGGACUGCGUGCACAAAGAAUGGCUUGCGAUCCUUGUAGGGCCUACUGGUAGCGGCAAGACGAGCAUCGUUCGACUGCUUGCUCAGCUGGCUGGAGCGCGACUGGAGGAAUUUCAGAUGAACUCGGGCACCGACACAAUGGACCUCAUUGGCACUUUCGAGCAGUAUGAUCCUCAAGGUCGGACCCGGCACGUGCUUAGCGCACUGCUGCUCGAGAUGCAGCGAUGUUUCGAAAGGAUUGCAGCGUCAGACAACGAGCACUUUGCUGCUUUUCUCGCUGCUCGCGACAUGCUCGAGACAGCUGUCGUGUCUCCCGCAGGCGCAUUCAAUACUGAGAGCCUGUCGACUUCGAUUGAGGCCGUUCAAAUUGCCGCAACUCAAAUCAAUGACGUUGCCUUGCGUACUGCGCUCGAGGAUGCAUUUGCACUGGCGAUAGAACUGCGCUCGCAAGACUCCCAAAAAGCGACCGGCCGAUUUGAAUGGAUUGAUGGACCUCUUCUCCGGGCAUUGCAAGAAGGCCACUGGCUCAUGCUAGACAACGCCAAUCUUUGCUCGGCAUCCGUGCUGGAUCGGCUGAACUCGCUCUUUGAAGUCGACGGCUCUCUCGUGAUAAGCGAACGUGGUGUCGUCGAUGGCAAAGUGCCUGUGAUACGACCUCAUCCCAACUUCCGCGUUUUCAUGUGCUUGGAUCCGAAACACGGCGAGCUUUCUAGAGCCAUGAGGAAUCGAGGAAUCGAAAUCGCCUUGAUACCGCACCGAGAUGCAGCAUCGAGCGAUGUGAAGAGACUCACACAACUCUGCGGUGUCGAUUCAAUCACGCCAUCCGGCACCACGUCUUUGACUCAAAGAUUGCUCAUGGAUGCAUCACUGCGCGCACAAUUGGUGCAACGUGGUCUUGAAGAACAAGACGCUCUGGACGUCGACACUUCGCUCGCGGAGAGUCACCGAGAGGCGGCGAUCUGGGCCACCGGUCAGCUGAUGCUGACGAAUGCAUGGCUAGCAUCGGCUUCCUUGCCUCUGUUCCUGGCAGGAGUGCAAGAAUCUGGUUCGGAAGCACGAACAUCUCUGCUGGUCCGUCUCAGCUCUCCCAAGGCCCUGUUGCUGACUUGGCAGGUGAUGAGCCGAUGCCUGCCAUCAGUGUCAAGUAGCACUUCCGUCUUGUUGCAGGAGGUCAUUUCGUCCCCAACGCGCCUUCUGACAUUCCGACAAGCGCUUCAGUGCAAUCUGGUCGACACGAAUCGUAUCUCUUCAGAGCUUGGAGAUGCUUUCGCUUUGGACUUGCGCUACGACGACAAUUUGCUCCGCCUUCUCGAAUCGCAGAGUCCGCCUACGCAAGUCAUUUCCGUCCUUCUUGCCGCUAUGCAUCAACGUCUCGAGGCGCAGCAAAUCUUGGAGAGAGCUUCUACUAAGCGUAUGCAAGACCUCAGCAUUUUGGAACGCUCGGCAAGACUUAGCAGCACUGCCAUGGUUCAUGAUGAAGACCAGGCGACGACGGCCGUUCGUAACGUCUUCCCCUUGAUCGUUGCUGUACAUAGGAUGGUACUUGCAUCCGUCCAGAGUGAUCGCAUCGCCGCUCUGCCCGCUUCGACGCUUCGUCAAGUCGCCCUCCUUCUGCGCUCAGCCGGCUACUUGCAGAGCCUCUGCAUGGUUUCUGAACUUGAUUUCUCGUCGAUCCAAAUUCUGGUCCGCUUUAUGUCGGAUCUAUUGAGAGAAAUUUGUGCUGGAGGGGUUGACAGCGACUCCAAUUUGACUCAAACGAUCGAAACCUUGGGAGGGUCCCUGGAGCUCACGUCAGGCAAGGCACUGUUCGCAAUCUGGUCCCUCUUCGGUGCAGACGAAGGUAUGCAGACCAAUCUGUACCGUCUCAUCUGCGAUGAGCUGACGCGACUUCCCGCUGCUGCCGGCGGCGACCUGCUUAAGAAUGCCCUGGAUGUUGCGGCCACGCUCUGUAUCGCAGGCAAGCAGUCUGCUGCGCCUUCGCAGUGGAGGGACAUGAUGCAAUUGGGAUGGCAGACGCUCAAGAUGAUCCGGUCCUACAGCAACAAAGAAGCCAUACAGAGUCAGAUGCAGGCCGCUGUGAAGUCUGCAGCAACCGCAACCGCCGAGGCUACGCUUCUCAAUCUUUCAGAAGUGUCGAUCAAGACACCCAGCUGUCUCGAAGGCAAGUCACAAAUGAACAGGAUGAAGCUAAUCAUGCAGCUCCUCGAAUCACAUCAUAUGCCCUCGGUCCAAGCUGCUGCUGCCCCAUGCAAAUCGGCUUUGUGGGCCUUGGAGUCCGGUUCCGCCCCGUCGAAUGCACUUCUGUCAGAUUUCAGCUGGAUCCGACGUUUUUGGCCCGGAGACGCAAGCCAAGCCACAACAAGCCAUGGACCUGCCCACAUGUUGCGGCCUGCUACCCUGCACGCCUUGCUAGAGUCACGCUUUGGCGCCAGAUCUCUCAUCGAAAAGGCACUGCACGAUGCGACGGUAGCUCGAAUGGUCAAGAGCGUCAGUGCGGCGCUGCCUGCAAGCUCGCCGUCCCGCGAGAAGAAGCUGGUCAGCAUCUUGGCUCGCUUCAUCUCUCUCAUCUCCGAGACGCUGUACAAUGCAGCUCUCAAGGAUUUGACCGAGUUUGCACUUCCAUCAUGGAAGCCUGUUUAUGGACUGCGCGACUGCAGCGUGGUCCUCAAAGAUCUGUUGGAAAGCGGCCAAGGGAGGCUGUCAGAAAGCACUUCUGCUGCACUCUCCGAAUGGAUUCUUACCCUGGAGAACGAUCUUGAGCCCGCUUUAUCCGAUUCGACCGAAACCAGUGACGCUACGUUGCUGGGACGAGCUUGGAUCUCUGUCUCCUUGAGCCUUAUGCGUCUUUACUUGCCCAAUGUUGCGCUGGACCCAAUCGUAGCGCGCAGGACCAUGGCCGACCUUGGCGAUUUCUGUCGCGCUCAGCUACAGGACGCUUUGGAGCUGGAGAUGUACGCCGAGUCCGUCGUGACGGGGGAGACAGACAAUCACGUCAUUCGCGACUUGCAAGCUCAGAUCCAUGAGACCUGGAUGCAGCUCAAGACGCAAAAUAGCGAGCGUGCCCAAGCUUGGCGAAAGCCAAACCUGAAAUUGCUAUCCCAGUUCUACCGCGAAACGUCAUCGUUCUUGAGGGACGUAUUGACCGUUGAACGAGUGGACAAUCUUGUUCAAGCCUUGCUCAGCGGGCCUUCAGAGCAGGCAGAGCAGCGAGAAGCGAGCUUGCAGGCCAGUUUGCUCUCCUUUGGCGAUCGACUUCGCAAGACGUUUGCCGAGCUUCGUGACAUGGUGGAGCCUAUCGUUGCAUCGCUCCUUCAAUUGCAGCUGGGUCUGCGCCUGGUUCGCCAAGCCAGUCGAGCCGCGUCUGCGCCAGAAGACGUCAAGCAACGCGGUGCUAUUGUCACAGCACUGGUUACUUUCCCCACCGCUCAUAGCACUACACUGCUGCGUCAAGCAGACCUCUCAAAUCAGCUCCAAGCUCGAUCCGAAGUCUCUGCUUCCCUCCUUAUCGUCUCUACGGCAUCGGUUGCAUACGACCACACCUCACUCGGCACCGCUGCUCUGGAGGAUCCCGAGACGAUGCGCAAGGUCAGCCGCGGAUACGAGAGGAUCUUCCAGCUGUGGGCGCUUGACAGAGAGAGGGCGAAGCGCCAAGAAGAAGAAGCUUCUAGCUUGUACAAAUCGCGAAAGAUUGAAGAGUCUAUCGAGUUGGACGCAGAGGCAGAGGAGAAGGAGUUUCGCUCGUUGUUCCCGGAAUAUGACGAAGAUGUCCUAGAAGGCGCCAGACCCGACCCCGCUGCCUCCACCGGACCGGAACAGUCAAAAUACAAAGGCAUGUUGCUGCCACCACCUCGAUUCUUGUCGAUCUUACACGCGCAUAUGGCUAUUUUCGGACCGCCAUUGCUCAAGGCGUCUUCUGAUCUAUACCGUCACGAGCGCGACACUCUUGUCACUAAGCUCAUGCGCCAGCAUCACGAAAAUUGGUCCGAGACUAUCGACAAAGCCGGCGCUGCUUUCGGUCUGUCUGCAGCCAUCGACGAUCAGCUGGCAUCAAAUCAGACUGCCAAAGACUUCAAUUUCUACUUGGACUCGCGCCCAUCAGAAAGCCGAAAAGCGAUUGCCAUCGUCGAGGAGCUACGAACGCGUCUCACCGUGCUUAUUCAGGAAUGGCCGGAGCAAAUGGUCUUGCAGCACAUUCGUGACCGCUGCGAUGCCGUUCUUCGCCUUGAUGCGGCCAGCCCCGUGGCCAAGAUGCUCAGCGCUCUUGAGCAGCUGCUCACCCACACCGAGGAUUGGGAGGGCUUCGCGAGCAAAGAGACGUCGAUCCAGGCAAAUCGUGAGCGCAUCUCUGCUCAGAUUAUCGAGUGGCGGCGUCUCGAGUUGACAUGCUGGGCAGAGUUGCUCGAUACACAGGCACGCACCUUCCGCGAUGAGCUCGGAGAGUGGUGGUUCCGUGUAUACGAAAUUCUCAUCCGCGGUACUCGCGCUGCUUCAGCGGACGGUCCGGUCGCAUUUAAGGCGCACGUCGAGCAGCUUAUCGAUGCCGUUGAUCAGUUCGUUCGCUCCAGCCCCCUCGGUCAAUUCGACGCGCGCCUCUCUCUCCUCGAGUCGUAUGGGCGCUUUAUUGAACACUUGGUGCGUCUAGCGCCACCCAAAGAGAGCCAGGGUCUCAAAGAGGUGGGCACAGUCUUGCAAAACGUCACCACCUUCUUCCGUCAGUUUGACGAGCGCAUCUCGAGUAAUCUCCAUAGCCAACGAGCAGUGUUAGAGAAAGACAUCAUGGGCUUCAUCAAGCUGGCGAGCUGGAAAGAUAUCAACAUCCAUGCGCUCAAGCAGUCAGCACAGAAGACACAUCGACAGCUGCACAAGACUUUGCGCAAAUUCCGAGACAUCCUUCGCCAGCCAGUCGACCCCAUGUUGGCCUCGCACCUCGAUGCCCUCACCAGACGAGAGAUGCCGACGCUAUCCAUGGACUCUCUCAGCCAACGAAGGGUGUUUGGUGUCAACGAGAUGCUCAGCCAGGCUUGGACGCAGGCUGUAUCAUGCGCCAGUCACAACCAGUCGGCGCCUGAGCAUAUUCGAAACAUGUCCAAGACUCUUUCAGUUCUUCAAAACAUGUCAGUCGACCGACUUUGGCCAGCACUGCUUCAACCUACGUCGGUAGCUACCAGCAUUGCCGACUUGGCCGAUGAGAUUGUCGACCGACAGCAGCAGCUGGCUAAGCUGACGCCAGCUUUUUCGAAAGAGGACAACGAGAAAGCAAUCAAGAAUCUGACGGCACGCAAGCGUAAAGCUUGGUCUGAUCUGCUCAAAGAGCUUCGCCGCAUCGGUCUCAGCUCCUUUGCCAAGACCGACAUGGCUGCUAUGAACCAGAGCGUGAUGUUCAUCUACACACGACCAUCUUUGCUUGCAGCCUGCCCUGCAUCAAUCUCGAACGAGCCGUUCUCGGCACUCGAGCGGCUGUUCUUCCGCUUGCUUGCUGCUCUUCCCAAAGUGCGCGACUCGCUGCAAAAUCAUACCCCUGACUUAUCAACGGCUGAGCUGCAGCGUGGCGUCAACUACAUCGAACACGUCACACACCUUGUGUUGAUGGAACGCGAUCGCAUGCAUUUCGAACUACAAACGCUUUCUUUGAUCGAAAGAUUCACUGCGCGAAUGCAAGAUCUGUAUGCCGCGGAUCUGGGCACAGCUUCAAGAGCAUCUCGAUCUGCACCCUUCCAGACUCUGGCCGACUUCCUCGCCCGUCUCGCCAACGCGCUCGGUGAGAUCAAGGCGCAAGCUCCAAAGUUUCUUGCUGCGUCAGCGUUCCAGGCUACUGGCGGCGAUUCUUUCGUUGGACACCUCCCUUCUGUUGCGGCAAAGCUCGAACAAACGGCCAGAUACAUCGAGAGGAUGGCCAAUACAGCACGCAAUGGCGGCAACAGUCUGUUCUUCAUCACAGAGCAAGAGCGAUUCAGUAUUGAAGCGUGCCGCAAGGAUGUGGAAGAUUUGCAGCAGGACCUUUUCGACCACGUCCAGGUCUUGCCCGCACUGGAAGCCCUGCUUCAUCCUGUUUGGGAGUGGACAAGCCAAUCUCUGCCACUGUUCGAUCGAUGUCUUGCCACUUUGACAGCACCUUUGAAAGGAUCCUGUCAGCCUGAGGACCUUGUGCAGCAAGCGAACACCGUUAUCUCCGCGGUGUUGCAGGUGGCUCAAGACAUUCGUCGCACUGGUUCUGCAGCCUCAACCAGACAAGAGGCUUCGGACGAAGGCGCCGAGGAUCUUUCCGACAAGGUGAUUCCGACUGAGCUGCAAAUUCUGCAAUCGCAGCAAGCCUUGUUGCGAUCCUCGUCCGUCCUGUCGGAAGUGGAGAAGCUCUCCCACAUGUCCCAACAGCUUGCCAGGGAUACUGACGUGGAGAAGUUGGUACACGUGCAGCUGACUGGUGUCUACCCCUUCCUUCACGAGUACGCAGAACUGGUACGAGCCCAUCUACUGUCAUCGGCGAACUUCUCGAGGAGUUUGCUCAAGCUUGAUCAUACGCUAUGCCAUCUGUUGACUGCUCUGUCCAGCAAGGGCUUCUGCAAGCCUCCAGAAGAGCAGCAGAACGACGACGAUGGCCAAGGCGAAGACGGCGAGCAGCUCGAAGGUGGCACUGGUCUCGGCGACGGCUCUGGCGCCAAGGACAUCACCGAUCAGAUGGAAGACGACGAUGAGAUCGAAGAAUUGCAGAAGGACGAUCCGGCUGACGAAGGCGACGAGGGAGACAAGACGGAGCGCGAGAAGAAUGCAAAAGAGGCCGAUCAAGACUUUGGAGGAGAUCUCGAAGACAUCAGUGUUGAUGGUGACGAUGACGAUGCCGGUAGCGAUAGAGGAGACGAGGGUGACGAGCAAGAACCCGAGGAUGCAGUUGGUGAUGUCGACCCCCUUGACCCGAAUGCUGUCGACGAAAAGCUUUGGGACGGCAAUGACGAAGAUCAAGACGACAAGAAGGACGCGCCAGAGGACAAGACCAACAAGGAUCUCGGUGCUGACAAUUCCGACAGCAAGGAAGCAGAGUCGGUGCCAAAGGCGGAUGACGCUGGAUCUGCCAAUGACGAUCAGAAGCAGGAGCAGCCAGCUGAAGGAUCUCGCGACGAGCAUCAGAAGGCGGAAGACGACCCGUCACAAGAGCAGACCGCUGCCGAUCAACAAGAUGGGCAAGAUGAGCUUUCCGAGCCCGAAGAUGACGAUGGCGAAGAGGGUCAAGGUGCUGAAGAGAAGGAGAACGAAGAAGCCGAAGCUCAAGGCGAAGGUGGCGGUCGUCAGCUUGAUCAAGAAGCCGAGCAAGGUGACAAUCUCAAUCUCGACGAUGACCUCAACAUGGACGGUGGUGAUGGUGAGAGCGACGGUGACCGCACGGAGGAUGACGACGGUCUCGACGACUUUAGCGACAUCGAGAAGAUGCCUGAUGACGAUCAUCGAGACGACAAGAGUGAUGACAAGACGAUGAAGGAUCUCGUAGAUGACGCAGCUGUUGAAGACAAGAAGCAGACUGAAGAGACUGCUGAAGGUGAAGCAGCUGAAGAGGAAGCUGAGGAAGAUACGAAAGUGGACAAAGAUCAAGGCCAGGACGCCAUGGAUGAAGACGGCGAAGAAGAGGGAUCCGAGCCAGACUCAAAGCACCAGAGACCUGAUAAUGACGAUCCUGCCGGAGGUCAACUGGAUCAAGUCGAUCCUUUUGAUGUUGACGCUGUAGAUCAAGGUGCCGACAAUGGGGGCGAAGACGACUCAGCCAAUCAGCAGCAAUCAUCGCGAUCCCAGCGAGGUAGGCGAGUAGAUGCACGCAACGAUCAGUCUCAGGCCGAGCAAGGCUUGGACAUGGACGAUGCAGCCCAUGCAGCCCCACAAGAGUCGGCAGAGAAACCACCUGCAGCAGGCCAAAACGGAGCUCGAGCGCCCAAGGCCGAGCACGAAGAAACCUCUGCCGAUGCCGAACAGGAUGGUAAGGCUGAAGUGGAUCCCAACCCGCUCCGCCGGAUGGGUGAUGCUUUGGAGCAAUUCCGUCGCAGGCUACAACAGAUCCAGGACGCGCGAGAGGACGAAGAGGACCAAGCAUCUGGCAACAAAGCCGAGCAUGAUGGCGAAGGCUUGCCUGAGGAUGCCGAUGUGGAGCACAUUGCCAACGACGACGCUGCCGAGCUUCAAGCUUUGGGAGCUGCUCAAGAGCAGGACGAAGUACGUAAGCUAGGAGAAUUCGGCAUCGAGGACGAGGACGAAUCUCUUGGCGCCAAGCCACGUGGAACAGAUGUAGACGAGCAAGAAGAGCCAGAGCAGCAUGAAGCGCAGCCUCUUCCUGACCAGCCUGCCAAAGAUCAGCACAACGAGGCUGAUGACGACGGUCAGCAGAAGGCGUUCAUGCCUUCGGACCUCAAGCCGCCUUCUGCACCGUUGGUAUCCGAACAGGAAGCACCGCUUGACCACGAUGGUGACGCCAACAUGGCCGACGAGGUGCAAGUCAUGAAGGAAAUGGACGACGACGAAGCCAUGACUCCGUUGCCGGACGACGUUCGGCAGAAAGCAGACGACGAGGUGCAGCAGCAGCUUGAGGCGUUCCGCGAUGCUGCUUCGUCCGAAGAGCGGCUCGCACGAGCCGGUGACCUCUGGCGAUCCUACGCUUCGCUCACCGCCGAUCUAGCCUUCUCACUAUGCGAGCAGCUGCGUCUCAUUCUUGCUCCCACCUUGGCCACUCGUCUCAAUGGCGACUUCCGCACGGGUAAGCGGCUCAACAUGCGCAAGAUCGUCCCCUUCAUUGCUUCCGAUUUUGCAAAGGACAAGAUUUGGCUGCGACGAACCAAGCCGUCGUCACGCGAGUAUCAAGUGAUGCUGGCUAUCGAUGACAGUCGCAGUAUGGCCGAGUCGCGUUCGGCACACUUGGCAUACCAGACGCUUGCGCUGGUGGCAGGUGCUUUAUCGCGUCUGGAAGUCGGGGAUGUGUCAAUCUGCCGCUUCGGCGAGGAGGUUGAUAGCCUGCACGAUUUCGGCAAAGGCAAUUUCAACGAUCAGAACGGAGCACACGUGAUCGACCGGCUCGGAUUCCAGCAAAGGAAGACCAACGUACUCAAGCUGGUGGAAGAGUCGCUCGAAACGCUGGCUGAGGCACGCUCCUCCAGAUCGUCUUCGUCUGCUUCGCAGGGGGGGGAUCUGUGGCAGCUCGAGAUCAUCAUUUCCGACGGCAUCUGUCAGGACCACGUCAAGCUGCGCUCACUGUUGCGUAGAGCAGCGGAGCAGCGCGUGAUGCUCGUUUUCGUCGUGAUCGACUCGCUGCAGCCGACGCCUGCUGUACCCAGUGGAGCUUCGACACCGGUGGGAAAAUCAGCUGCAGCUCAACAGGGGAGGAGCUCAAUCCUGGACAUGACCAAUGCUUCCUACUACACGGAUGCCAAUGGACGUCUACAGCUCAAGAUGGAACGCUACAUGGACACGUUUCCCUUUGACUACUACGUCGUGGUUCGAGAGGUGGAAGCGCUGCCAGAAGUGUUGUCUGCUACGCUGCGACAGUGGGUGGAGAAGAUUCGUGAGACCGAGUCUUAA